GUGUGCCCAGACCAUCGAGACUUCUGAAAGCCACACUGGAAGAUCAUCCGCCUGCCAUUCGGGUGCUGGUGCCGGGAUACUUGCUCUUCCUGAGGUUCGCGUGACCAAUUGGCCCCUUGACCCGCUUGGCUCAAAGGGCUUGUCUCUCCAGCGAGGACCCAUCUCUUCGACAACCGCCUGUUGGCUGCAAAUCACUGGCUCCGCAGCCACCUGUCCGUGAUAAAGAUGGCCGCCAGCACCAGCGCCAACCUGAUCCCCUGCCUUCUGCUGGCCGUGUGGGCGCACUCCGCCGCGGCCUUCCGCGCGCUCAAGCCGGAGAGCGCCCACCUCCAGGCCACCGAGGCGGAGAUGCGCUCGUUCCUCGACGACUCUGGCGAGGCCGACUGGGAGGUCCUCGCCGCCGCCGGCGUGCUCGUGCUCUCCGCGGCGGUGCACUGGGCCUUCGGCUGCCUGAGGCUGGCGCGCUGGUCCAUGGCCGCAGGCUUCGUUGCGGCGCUGUACGCGCUCCGCUUGCUGGACGAGCGGGUCUGCGCGCUGGGCUCCAUCGCGGCCGUGCUCGCCGCCGCCUCCACCGCGCUCGCCCGGGCGAGGAGCCCGCCGCCCGCCAAGAAGAAGGUCGUGGACUGAGCGGCCGGCACCCGUGCGCGCUGCCUGCGCGGAGCCCCCCCCCUGGAGCUCGCACGAGCUGCAGGCUGGCGAGGAAGCAUGACCCUCGGCUUCUUGGACUGGCCGCGUAUGAUCAGAGAUGCACUACGAGCUCUUUCUUGCCAGUGCGGCGACUGAGAUGGUUCCAACCUAAUCUGGCUUACUCCCGCUCCAUCCGCGGCCUAAUCCGACGUUUACUUCUCCCGAAUUCUUCCGACGAAGACCCCCCAGUAGUUGCCUCCUAACAUGGGGGCCACCAGUUCCUGUCGUGGGAGCUGGCGUUGCGCUCGCACGCUUGAGUAGCACUGUCUUCCCCACGUGCAGACCUCAGGGCGCAGCGGUUUCACCAGCACGCCAGAGAGUCUGGCAUUGCACUUGCAUGGCAUUCUCGGCAGCC